CUCUAUCCUUUUAACCAUGUGCUUUCUAUAUCUACUUAUAUGUCAAUGCGCGGCUGGCUCUUACUGGGUCUUCAUAAUCUUAAUCAGAUCACUUGUUUCGUUCCAUCGUUCCAGUCACACGUCCAUUGCCCUUUUCAGUUCCUUUCCUCCUAGAAGCGGCUCCCUCGCGCCAUCUGCAUGCCAUGCAGUCCGACAAAGUCACAGAGAAGGAGCGCCCCGGCUCAACCUAUGAGGACCGGGUCAGAUCCUGCAACUCGGUAGAGUCAGACUCCACAGCCGUGGUCAACAACAAAAACAACCAACUCUCCGACCGAGGAGAGGUCGAAAUCGAGCAGGAGGCCCGUAUGAAUGAUGAAAUCCUUCAGUUGGCUCGUCGCUACACCACCCAGUCUCUUCACCAGGGCUCACUCUUUCCUGUCACUGCGGGAGGCACUCUCGAUCCCCACAGCGCCGACUUCAACGCGAAGAAAUGGGCAAAGGCCUUUUACAACCUCCGCAACGACAUCGCCGACGGGACCCCUCCUCGAACGGCCGGCAUCGCCUUCCGAAACCUCAACGUUUACGGGUUCGGAACGUCCACCGACUACCAAAAGAGUGUCGGGAAUGUGUUUCUCGAGGCAGCCAGCUCCUUCAGCAGGCGAAUCCUGGGCCAGCAGAAGCAGCAGCGCAUCGAUAUCCUCCAUGGCCUCGAAGGUGUUGUACGGAGCGGCGAAAUGCUGUGCGUUCUGGGCCCCCCAGGCUCCGGCUGCUCGACUCUGUUGCGGACUAUUGCAGGAGAUACCCAUGGUUUCCAUGUUAGCGACGACUCUCUCAUCAACUAUCAGGGCAUCCACCCGAAGCAGAUGAGUACGGCCUUUCGGGGUGAGGCCAUCUAUACCGCCGAGGUCGAUGCGCACUUUCCGCACCUCACGGUUGGUGAUACGCUCUAUUUCGCGGCGCGCGCGCGAUGCCCAAAAGCCAUUCCUGAAGGCGUAUCGCGUCGCGAAUAUGCGGAGCAUCUCCGAGAUGUCACCAUGGCCAUGUUUGGCAUUUCGCAUACCAAGAAUACCAGAGUCGGUGAUGAUUUUGUCCGCGGCGUCAGUGGAGGUGAGCGAAAGCGGGUGACGAUUUCCGAGGCCGCUCUGAGUUACUCCCCGUUGCAAUGCUGGGACAACAGUACACGCGGCCUCGACAGUGCCACUGCCCUGGAGUUUUGCCGUACCCUGCGCACGCAAGCAGACAUUCUGGGCACAACGGCGUGUGUCGCCAUUUACCAAGCAUCACAGGACGCGUACGAUGUGUUUGACAAAGUCAUAGUCCUAUACGAAGGCAGGCAGAUCUUUUUCGGCAAGACGAGCGAGGCCAGGACCUACUUUGAACGCCUUGGUUUUGUCUGUCCAGACCAGCAGACGACAGCCGACUUUUUGACCUCCAUGACCAGCCAUCAAGAACGGAUCGUCCGCCCCGAUUGGAAAGGCAAGCCCCCACCGCGAAGCCCUGACGAGUUUGCCGAGGCGUGGAAGAGAAGUCAGCACCGUGCCGCCCUCGAUAACGAGAUCGAUGACUACGUCGAUCGCCACCCAUUCAACGAAGAGGAUUAUGACAGGUUCCUCGCAUCUCGGCGUUUCGAUCAGGCCAAGUCACAACGCCCGCAGUCGCCAUUCACCCUCUCCUACGCAGAACAAGUGCGCCUCACGCUGUGGCGUAGCUGGGUUCUACUCCGGAACGAUCCCAGCAUGACCCUGACCAUGCUUGUCACCAAUCUCUUCCAGGCUCUCGUGAUGAGUAGCGUGUUCUACAACCUACCCCAGGACUCGACCAGUAUAUCGCAUCGCGGUAUCUUUGUCUUUUUUGUCGUGCUUAUGGUAGCUCUUGGUGUUUUUCUCGAAAUCAUGACCAUCUAUGCGAAAAGACCCAUUGUCGAGAAACACAACCGCUACGCGCUGUACCACCCUAGCGCAGAGGCUUUGUCGGCCAUGAUUUCAGACCUGCCAUAUAAGUUUGUCAACUCGGUCAUCACAACCCUCAUCAUGUACUUUAUGGCGAAUCUUCGACGCGAGCCCGGCCCCUUCUUCUUCUUCUACUUGAUCGUUAUCAUCAUGACAAUGGUGAUGUCGAUGAUGUUCCGGUUGUUGGGCUCACUCACAAAGACGAUCGCCCAGGCCCUUGCGCCAGCAUCGGUAGUCAUUCUCAUCAUUGCUCUCUACACCGGAUUCGCCAUCAAGGUUCAGUACAUGCAAAACUGGCUGGGCUGGCUCCGGUGGAUCAAUCCUGUGUUUUACGGAUUUGAGAGCAUGCUCCUCAACGAGUUUGUGGGACGGCGCUUCCGGUGUGCGAACUUUGUGCCGGCCGGUCCCGGGUACGAGUCCGUCCGGCCCGAUGAGCAAGUUUGUACGAUUGUCGGCUCGGUCCCUGGAGAGGAAUUCGUCGACGGUGCCGCCUAUCUCGCCACCUCGUACGGCUAUCUGAACUCCCAUAAAUGGCGGAAUGUGGGUAUCAUGGUCGCAUUCGCAAUCUUCUUCUUAGCCUGCCACCUGGCCGCCGCAGAAUAUGUGGCCUCGGAUCGAUCCAAGGGCGAGGUACUGGUCUUCAGCCGGAAGGCCAUGGGCAAGCGUCGAAAGCAAGGAAUCAGCGACAUUGAGACCACGGCCGUCCGUCAGCAAGAGCAGGCACUGGAGUCCUCGGAUGAUGUUUCCAACAUGGAAAAGAUGACUUCCAUCUUCCAUUGGCAGAACAUCUGCUACGACGUCAAGAUCAAGGACGAGACACGUAGGAUUCUGGACAAUGUUGACGGCUGGGUAGCACCGAAGUCCCUGACUGCUCUCAUGGGAGUCUCGGGAGCAGGCAAGACCACUCUCCUUGACGUACUUGCAAGCCGGGUGACCAUGGGUGUCAUCACGGGCGACAUGCUCGUCGACGGCAAGCCUCGCGAUGAGUCCUUUCAGCGCAAAACCGGAUACGUUCAGCAACAGGAUUUGCAUCUUCACACGUCGACUGUACGAGAGGCCUUGAACUUCAGUGCGUUACUUCGGCAGCCCUCUCAUUAUACCCGCCAGGAGAAGUUGGACUAUGUCGAAACAGUCAUCAGCCUCCUUGACAUGCAGGAGUAUUCGGAGGCAAUUAUCGGCAUACCUGGCGAGGGACUUAACGUGGAGCAACGAAAGAGGCUGACGAUUGGCGUUGAGCUGGCCGCGCGCCCGCAACUCCUCCUUUUUCUCGAUGAGCCUACGUCCGGCCUUGAUAGUCAAACAUCAUGGUCUAUCUGCAACCUGAUGGAGAAGCUGGCAAACAGCGGCCAGGCGAUUCUAUGCACCAUCCACCAGCCUUCCGCAAUUCUGUUUCAGAGGUUUGACCGGCUUCUUCUCCUUGCUAGGGGUGGCAAGACGGUGUACUUUGGUCCCAUUGGGAAGAAUUCGCAGUGCUUGACUGACUACUUCGUCCGGAACGGCGGGCCCCCUUGCCCCCCCGACUCGAAUCCGGCCGAGCACAUGUUGCACGUCAUCGGCGCCGCCCCCGGUGCCCAUACGGAGAUCGACUGGCCUGCCGUUUGGCGCCAAAGCAGCGAGUACCAGGGCGUCCAGGAUGAACUGCGUAGGUUGUCUGCCGGUCGUUCGACGCAUACGGAACAGCAGUCCAGUGGCCAGGAUUCGGCUUCGCGCUCAGAGUUCGCUGCGCCCUUCGGCCUCCAGUGCCGGGAAGUCGCCAGACGCGUUCUUCAGCAGUACUGGCGCAGCCCGACUUAUAUCUAUUCCAAAGCUUUCCUGUCUUGCGGUGCCGCUCUCUUUAUCGGCCUGUCCUUCCUUAACAUCGAGAACACCCAAGGCGGCCUUCAGAACCAGAUGUUUGGUGUUUUCAUCUUCCUCGCCAUCUUCAGCCAGCUCGUCGACCAGAUUUUACCCGUUUUCGUCUCCCAACGUACCAUGUACGAGGCCCGCGAACGCCCGUCCAAGUCGUACUCGUGGGUGGCGUUCCUUGGUGCCAAUAUGCUGGUGGAGGCCGUUUGGAACUCAAUCAUGUCUGUGUUCAGCUUUCUCUUGUGGUACUUCCCCCUUGGCCUCUACCGCACUUCCCGUCAGACCGGGACGGAGCACUCCCGCGCGACCACGAUCUUUCUCUUUGUCUGGGCCUUCUUCAUCUUCGCCAGCACCUUCGCCCACUUCGUCAUCGCCGGCCUCGACAGCCACGAUGUCGCCGGCGCCAUCGUCGGCCUAUUGACAAUCAUGAUGUUUGGGUUCUGCGGCAUCCUUGCCGGACCAAACGUCCUUCCGCGCUUCUGGAUCUUCAUGUACCGCGUCAACCCCUUCACCUACUUCGUGGAGGGCUUCCUCAGCACCGCGUUAGCGAACGCCAGGGCAUCCUGCGCCCCGAACGAGUUCCUCGUCUUCAAUCCGCCCGCCGGCGGCACCUGCGCCGAAUACCUGCGGCCGUACGUGGACGCGAUGGGCGGCUCAGUCGAUAAUCCGGACGCCACGGACGCAUGCCGGUUCUGUCCCAUCGCCGAGACCAACAGCUUCCUGGCGUCGGUGAACGUCGACUUUGCGAACCGCUGGCGCAACUUCGGCAUCAUGUGGGCGUUUGUCGUUUUCAACAUCGCGGCGGCCUUCCUCCUAUACUGGCUCGCCCGCGUGCCGAAGAAGUCCAAAGUCAAGAGCGACUGAGGGGAGUAAUUCGUGUUUGGGGGCUCCCGAGCAUCGGGUACAUCCCAAGUAAGCCAGUUCAACUACGUUGGCUUUUCCUUCUUCCUAUCAGUUUCUUUUUUCUUCAAAUGAUUUUGCCUCUCGUUCGCCCUAUCAGGGAUGUAUUACUUACUUUGGUUUUAUUUCACCCUUGCCCUUCUGCCUCCGCGCCACGAUUGGAACCCCCGUUUUAAUGUACUUAGAUGGUAUAGACCUAUUGGAUAUCGCGGGGCUCUCAUCAGACCUCGCAGCGGGCUCGACAUAUUCAAAAUCGUCAUCACGAACCCCUAUCUCAGACAGGUUCCUUACUCACUUACUGUUCCAGCUUUGGUAUGCGUGCCUCGAUCCGAGAAAGAAGGAAAAAGAAAUAAAGAAAAAAUGGGAGAAACGCCCAGAUUAUU